GAAGUUAUUGAGGACUACGACGCCAGGAUGUUCAAUCAAACACCUCGCACAGUCUCUACGACUGAACUUGAAAAGAAUCGUCGGGCGAAUAGCGCUAUUAAAGCAUCAUCCAGGGCCUCGCGGCGGCGGACCAAGAACGUCCAAGGGCGCAUCGCCGCCCUCAAGAGACUCACACCAGGAUUCCGAUUCCAAACAACAAUCACAGAGGCUCCCACUCCACCAAUUCCCUAAUUGCUGUAUAGCUAUGUGUAUAGUUACUAAGGGCAUUACCGAAAAAGUUUUUGCUACAGUAAACUCGGGAACGGUUAUUUUGUGGCAAUCGCGUUUAAUUUGGGAUGAUCAUGGUCACAAUUGA